AUGGUUCCUAAUUUUACAGGACGUCAAAGCGAGUGUGAGGAGAUUAUUGGUCACGUGACUUCUGAAGCUACUCGGCUCGUGUCGAUCUGGGGUUCACCUGGAUUCGGAAAAACAUCGGUUGCUAUUGCAGUGGGACACGAUCUCCAGUCUAAAGAAAUGCCGGUCUUUUGGCUUUCAUUACGUGAACUGAAAACAAAAACAGAUCUGACUUCAAAGCUUCUAAGCUUUGUUAAACCAUCUGUCAGAAAUGACCAUCCAUCUCUGUCGUAUCCAUCCCUUGAUGAUCAGCUUUGCCUACUUUUAAGCGAAAUUUCCGAUCGAUCUAUUUUCAUUCUUGAUAAUGCUGAUAAUUUAUUAGAAGAUGGUGAGCCAGGCGUGAAGAAAGAGGUCAUAGAACUUUUGAGAGAAAUUCUCAGGCGAAGUAAGGCGACCAUAUUUGCUUUAACAACGAGAGAAUCGCUAGGUUUUCUGAAUGUGGAUUUGCAAGGCCACCAGAGUGUGAGGAUUAAACCAUUGGAUGAAGACUCUGCAAAGACGUUAGUAAAAGCCUUUCUUCCAACAGCAAGUUCUUCAGACUGUUCACGAAUCCUGAAAAUCUGUGGAUUUGUACCCUUUGCAAUAAAGUUAUUGUGUUCAUCAAUUUCUGAAGAUGGGGCUCAGCCAAGCCAGUAUCUCGAUGAAUUCAUACAGUUCGCCUCCACAGCGAGUAUCGCCAAGAUGUUAGACAGGCCAGAUUACCCAGACGAGUACAGAUUACAGUCUCUUUUUGAGUUAUCUUUUAAGAGGCUCACUGCACAGGAGAAAAAAGUACUAGUUUCAUUGAGUAUUCUUCCAGAGAAUUUUGGCACUGAGGUCGCUGCUGCUGUUUUAGGCGAAAACAAUCUUCAGGCCAAGAAGUUAUUGCACGGCCUUCGGAGGAAGUCACUUCUUGAUUCAGAUGUGAAACAAGAGUUAUUUACAAUGCACAAGCUGCUACAAUCAUUUGGAAGAGAAAAAGGAGAAAAUGAGAUGAAAGACACGGUCCUUAAAUCAAAGGACAGGUUGAACGCGUUUUACGUGUCCCUUUUUCAGAAGCUAAAUGAGCAGUUUCUGACUGGUCAUUCAAUGACGGCGUUUCUUCAAUUCUAUGAAGAUGAGCAAAGUAUUAUUCAAAGCCUAUUAAAUACGCUUGCGGAUGCGAAGACAGCUAGCACUGCUUUUGAUGUGUUAGCUAAGGGAGAGUUGUUUCUUGAUACUCUCUUUUUCAAAGAAGGAUCAACCUUUUACCUGAUAUACGAUUCGGCAAUAGAGGCUGCGAAGAGGUUUGAGAGAACCGAAUCUUACAGUCGACUACUAGUUUCAAAGGCGUUUGGAAAAGCAUGUUGGGGUGCAAAGGGAAAUACGGUGCAGUUACUUUCUAGAGCAAAGGAAGCUGUAGUGUCACAGCGUCCAAUUUCCAUGUCAGAACUACAAGGAAAACGUCUGUGUUAUUUAGGUAUCAACCACCUUGUUAACGGCAAUACGGAAGGCGGAAUUCGGAAUUUGCAAGACGCUCUCCAGAUGUUGAGUGGAAGUCCAGAUCAGAAAAAUCUUACGCUUAUUACUCUUCAAAUUCUUGCAACCUUUUGCCGAUUUCAAAACACUUCAAAGGAAUUAAAUGAAUUACUUUGCAAUGCAGUGGGAGAUAAAGACCAACUGCCAUUGCUAUCUUUAAAACAAGGGAAAGGAAGGAAACUUAGCAAUGUGGCGGAGAAUCAAAGAGGUGUUAUCCCCGUUUCUGACAACCCUAUGAAACUGGCAAUGAUUUAUAUUGUAAUCAAAACAACUCAGAAUUUCAUUGAUAGUGACACUAAACAGUAUUUUACAAAUAUUUUACAUGAGAUGCUGAACGAGAUCGAAAGAGAGGACCAUAUCUCCACGGGAGUCUGUAAAUUUCAUAGGCUUCUUCUGUCUGUUUUAGCUAAAAUGGAAGACACCACAUUACAGUGUCAAAUGAGAAUUAGUUUCCAUCAAAAAGUUCUAGAUCGGUGUAGUGAGAAAACACCCUUGUACCGGGUACACAAGGAAGCACUUGCAGCGUGCUACAAAGACCUUGGCAUCACUCAACAUUCAAGUGAAGAUUUCAAAGCAGUACUAGAUUCUAAGAAGCACGCACUUAACAUCCGCCUUUAACUGUUUGGAGAAGAACACAAAGACACUGCUGAUAGUUAUUAUAGCCUUGGCAUCACUCAACAUUCACUUGGAGACUUUAAUGCAGCACUAGAUUCUAAUCAGCACGCACUUAACAUCCACCUUAAACUGUUUGGAGAAGAACACGCAGAUACUGCUGAUAGUUAUUAUAGCCUUGGCAUCACUCAACAUUCACUUGGAGACUUUAAUGCAGCACUAGAUUCUAAUCAGCACGCACUUAACAUCCGCCUUAAACUGUUUGGAGAAGAACACAAAGACACUGCUGAUAGUUAUUAUAGCCUUGGCAUCACUCAACAUUCACUUGGAGACUUUAAUGCAGCACUAGAUUCUAAUCAGCACGCACUUAACAUCCGCCUUAAACUGUUUGGAGAAGAACACGCAGAUACUGCUGAUAGUUAUUAUAGCCUUGGCAUCACUCAACAUUCACUUGGAGACUUUAAUGCAGCACUAGAUUCUAAUCAGCACGCACUUAACAUCCGCCUUAAACUGUUUGGAGAAGAACACAAAGACACUGCUGAUAGUUAUUAUAGCCUUGGCAUCACUCAACAUUCACUUGGAGACUUUAAUGCAGCACUAGAUUCUAAUCAGCACGCACUUAACAUCCGCCUUAAACUGUUUGGAGAAGAACACGCAGAUACUGCUGAUAGUUAUUAUAGCCUUGGCAUCACUCAACAUUCACUUGGAGACUUCAAUGCAGCACUAGAUUCUGAUCAGCACGCACUUAACAUCCGCCUUAAACUGUUUGGAGAAGAACACAAAGACACUGCUGAUAGUUAUUAUAGCCUUGGCAUCACUCAACAUUCACUUGGAGACUUUAAUGCAGCACUAGAUUCUAAUCAGCACGCACUUAACAUCCGCCUUAAACUGUUUGGAGAAGAACACGCAGAUACUGCUGAUAGUUAUUAUAGCCUUGGCAUCACUCAACAUUCACUUGGAGACUUCAAUGCAGCACUAGAUUCUGAUCAGCACGCACUUAACAUCCGCCUUAAACUGUUUGGAGAAGAACACAAAGACACUGCUGAUAGUUAUUAUAGCCUUGGCAUCACUCAACAUUCACUUGGAGACUUUAAUGCAGCACUAGAUUCUAAUCAGCACGCACUUAACAUCCGCCUUAAACUGUUUGGAGAAGAACACGCAGAUACUGCUGAUAGUUAUUAUAGCCUUGGCAUCACUCAACAUUCACUUGGAGACUUCAAUGCAGCACUAGAUUCUGAUCAGCACGCACUUAACAUCCGCCUUAAACUGUUUGGAGAAGAACACAAAGACACUGCUGAUAGUUAUUAUAGCCUUGGCAUCACUCAACAUUCACUUGGAGACUUUAAUGCAGCACUAGAUUCUAAUCAGCACGCACUUAACAUCCGCCUUAAACUGUUUGGAGAAGAACACGCAGAUACUGCUGAUAGUUAUUAUAGCCUUGGCAUCACUCAACAUUCACUUGGAGACUUCAAUGCAGCACUAGAUUCUAAGCAGCACGCACUUAACAUCCGCCUUCAACUGUUUGGAGAAGAACACAAAGACACUGCUCAUAGUUAUAAUAGCCUUGGCAUCACUCAACAUUCACUUGGAGACUUUAAUGCAGCACUAGAUUCUAAGCAGCACGAACUUAACAUCCGCCUUAAACUGUUUGGAGAAGAACACAAAGACACUGCUGAUAGUUAUUAUAGCCUU